CUCUUUCAGCUUUGAGUCCCAAAGGUUUGUGGGAAGGACAGACUGAUACCCAAGGAAGGACUACGAAUCCCAGCAAGCAGUUCGUGACGCUAGGGCACAGGAGGAGGAACUCGGAGAGGUCGGGCCCAGAAGAGCCAGGCAUCGGCAGCACUUGGUGCAGGUGGCCAUGGGGAAGCGUUACUUCUGCGACUACUGUGACCGCUCUUUCCAGGACAACCUCCACAACCGCAAGAAGCACCUAAAUGGGCUACAGCACCUCAAGGCCAAGAAGUCCUGGUACGACAUGUUUCGAGAUGCAGCUGCCAUCUUGCUGGAUGAACAGAACAAGCGGCCCUGCAGGAAAUUUCUCCUGACAGGCCAGUGUGACUUUGGCCCUAACUGCAGAUUUUCCCACAUGUCAGAGCGAGACCUACAGGAGUUGAGUAUCCAGGUGGAAGAGGAGAGGAGGGCCAGGGAGUGGCCCCCAGACAUCGCUGAACUCCCAGAGGGCCAUCUGGAGGACUGGCUGGAGAAGAGAGCCAAGCGGCUGAGCUCAGCCCCAAGCAGCAGGGUUGAACCCAUCAGACCCACUGUCUUCCAGUACCCCGUGGGCUGGCCACCAGUCCAGGAGCUGCCUCCAUCUCUGCGGGCACCCCCACCUGGGGGGUGGCCCCUGCAGCCCAGCGUCCAGUGGGGCUGAGCCCCUCAACCCCACCCAACCCCCACCUGGUCAGCUUCCACAACAGUCACAGUAAAGAUAAGGGCUCAUACUGGGGGACACCGAGGCUGCCUCCUGCUGUGCCCCAUGGAGCCUCUGAAACCAUCAGCUCGGCGUGGCCUGCCCUUGCUAAGGCCUAGGAGUUCCCUCAUCAGGUGCAGCCCUGGUCCUAGCUCUGUACCAUUCAGCUCCAUCCUCCCUCCCUCAUGGGACAUCAUGGGAAGACGGGUGAGAAAACUUCCUUCUGGAUGUUUAUAAAGAGUCUGUCUGUGA